CCAUUGCCUUACUUGGCGUUGAGUCUCUUUAUCUCAGAUCUGUGGGGGUAAGAAAACCGAAAACUCAAUUAAUCUGCUUUCUCUCUCUACAAAAUCACAUUGUCUCAUACGUGGUAACUUCAAGAUCCAAGCUUUUCUUUGUAAACCCAUGCUUUCAGUACAUCGCGUUUUUUCAGAUCACAGGUAAGUAAAUCCCUAUCCCAAGCUCUCCCUCCCCUCAUUUGCAUUGUUCUCUCUCUUUCUCUCUCUACAGUCCAAUUUCUCACCUUGUCAUUUCAAGAUCUCUUUCUUCUUGUAAGUUCUAUAUAAGAAAUAAGGGUCCAUUGCCUCUCAGAGGUGAGUAACCCGAAUCCUAGUCUGUUGAAACGACCCCAUUUCCUCAUUUUUAGCUUCAAGAUCCAUACUUUUUUUGCUCGAUUUGCGAAAUUUUCCGAUCCAAUUAUUCAUUUCUAUGAAUCCAGUUUGAUCAGUAUUUGAAUUUCUCUGUUGAAUCAAUGAAAGAAUUGAAUUCAACAACAGACGCAAUCGGGCAAAACCUAGUGAAGCUCAUAAGCAAUCUUUGUUUCUCUGUGUUUGUGUUCUCGGUACUCAUAUUUACUGUAAUUGCCAUCACAUACCAACCUCCUGAUCCAUGGGAGUCCUCCAGAGCCCUAACUGGGGUUUUUACCCAAGUCGAAAAUGCCACCUUCCAAGCUGACACUUCUGUCCUUAAAACCGGCGAAGAUAUUGCUGCUCCUUGGGCAGUGCCUGCCGGAGCAGCAGAACCAAUCAAUGAAACGGUCAUUGAGAAAUCUGAAGAAAAUUUUGCAAGUUUGACCUUAAAAUCGGGCUGUGAGGAUGUGAGAGUGGUUAAUUGCUCAGAUCCUAGACUUUUGAUUGCAAUUGAGAAGUUUAAUUUGAAGGUUUUCAAGUCAGUUGUGUUUUUGGAGUACCAAAUACCGGUUAAUGGAUCCAAAGCAGAUGAGUGUGAUGUGGCUUGGAGGUUUAGAAACAAGAAAGAGAAGUCAUGGAGAAAGUAUAGGGAUUUUCGGAGGUUUAAGAUUGGAUUUGGUGGUAAUUGUACUUAUGAAGUGCUUAGUGCGAGGGGUUGGCAUUCGGGUAUCAAUGCCCGCCGGGCAAGGGUUCGAGUUAAAGCGACUGGUAGAGAUGAAAAUGCUAAAAUUACUUCAGCAAUUCGGGAUGAUGAGAUCAAUGACACGAUCCCGGUGUUGGGAUCAGACUCCGCGUUUAGGAAGGGGAAGUAUUUAUACUAUUCGCGCGGAGGGGAUUAUUGUAAAGGAAUGAAUCAUUAUCUUUGGAGUUUCUUAUGCGCUCUUGGGGAAGCCCAGUAUUUGAACAGAACAUUUGUAAUGGAUCUAAGCAUUUGUUUGGCGGGAAUGCAUACACAGAGCAACAAGGAUGAGGAGGGAAAGGACUUUAGGUUCUAUUUUGAUUUUGAACAUUUGAAAGAGGUCGCAUCUAUUGUGCAGGAGGAGGAGUUCCUUCAAGACUGGAAAAAAUGGGAUAGGGUCCAUAAGAAGAAAAUUCCGGUUAGGAAGGUUGCGAGCUAUAAGAUCACACCGAUGCAACUAAAGAAAGAUAAAAGUACAAUUAUAUGGAGGCAAUUUGAUGGUCCUGAGCCGGAUAACUAUUGGUAUAGGGUUUGUGAAGGUCAAGCUGCAAAGUAUGUCCAGAGGCCGUGGCGUGCUGUAUGGAAAUCAAAAAGACUUAUGAAUAUAGUUUCUGAGAUUAGUGGGCGAAUGGACUGGGAUUUUGAUGCGGUCCAUGUGGUUCGAGGAGAGAAAGCUCAGAAUAAGGAGCUCUGGCCCCAUUUGGAUGCUGACACAUCCCCAGAUGCCCUUGUUGCGAAGCUUCAAGGGAUGAUUCAAUCUCGGAGGAAUCUGUAUGUUGCCACCAAUGAACCCUUCUAUUAUUACUUUGAUAAACUGAGGUCUCAUUAUAAGGUUCAUUUGCUUGAUGAUUACAAGGAAUUGUGGGGUAAUUCAAGUGAGUGGUACAAUGAGACAAGACUUCUGAAUGCUGGCCGUUCAGUUGAUUUUGAUGGAUAUAUGAGAGUUGAAGUGGACACUGAGGUUCUUUACAGGGCAAAGACACAGGUAGAGACAUUCUAUAACUUGACCAAUGAUUGCAAGGAUGGGAUCAAUACAUGCUGACCAGGUUGAAGAUGCAUUUAUUGGUGUUUCGAAAGUUUAUUUACACAUCUUUUUAUCUAAUUUUACUGUCUCUGUUGUGAAUUGAAAUGAUAGCAUUGAGUUCAUUUAAGGUUCUAUUUUAUUCACUGACCAUCUACUGGUCAUGUUUGCCUAUAUAUGUCCUAUAAUUCAACUUUUAGCCAGCUUCUACAUCGUUGUGACCGCUGGUAUCUGUUGCUUGGUGUCUACUGAAAGCAAAUGUUUAUUGUUUCAUUUUGUGUGUAUAUAUGGUGUAUUUCUGCAGUAUCUGCCAAUUUAAAGAAUUGCUAGCUUGAGGGUACGAGC